AUGAACGAUAGCGAGAUCCUCGAAUCGGUCGCAGAGCCGGUACCAAAAGAUGAAUAUGACAAGAAAAAACUCAUGGGACCUAGUAUCAUGCACAAAGAGUCAGAUACGGAGGUCUCGGAAGAUGGCGAUACGACCGUAGAGCUUUCUCGUCCGGUGCCCGCCCCAGAUCCAUUGAUGCGUCAGCAGUUUGAGGAGAAAGUGGCAUCUACCUCACUGGGAUCUACAUCGGACGGACUGCUAGCGCUUUUGCGUGAUCAUCCAGAGCUUGUAUCGACGGAGCUCGCAAAAGAAGCUGAAAAAAUCUUGCCCGACGAGACAGUUACAGCGCCACGCGUCUCUGCUGAUAGCACCGGCAGCUAUGCCAGCACGCCACACAAUGAAGGAAAUGUACGCAGUACACUCUUUCCGAAGACGCAAGAAGCUCCCCUUCCCCCCGAGGGCAGGCUGAAGGAGUCCCGCUCCUCGUCGCAGUACUCGCUGCCAGAUGUGGCGAAGGCCAAAUUGAGUCAUAUCCCGGACACGACGAUCCACACCUCCGUGCUGCGUCACUCGUCCAACUCUACAACUAUCACACGUACCAUCCCUAGCACGCCAAACCUAGGCGAACGCGGAGCAAAGCCUGACUACAGUGGAGAGAAGAUCGUGGUGGCUAUGGUUGGCCUGCCAGCGCGUGGCAAGAGCUAUCUGAGCAACAAAUUGAUGCGAUAUUUGCGUUGGCGUGAGUACAAUGUACGUGUAUUCAACGUUGGGCAGCUUCGUCGUGCUGUGGCCCGUUCCGAUACCACUUGCAACAGCUCGAAGCCAUCGCCCUCUCACAAUGCGGACUUUUUCGACGAGAAGAACAAGGAAGCGAAGAAGCUCCGUGACCAGCUUGCUCACAAGUGCCUUGAAGAGCUUAUCAAGUGGCUCAAAGAGGGCGGUGGUAAUGUAGGUAUUUUGGAUGCGACCAAUACUACCAAGGCACGCCGAAAAAUGCUGGCAGAUCGUGUGGCGUGCGAAUCAAACAUGCGACUUCUCUUUCUUGAAUCCAUAUGUACAGACCCGAAAGUGAUCGCAGAAAAUGUGGCCGUCAAGGUGCGAAGCAGUGACCCCGACUAUGCCAAGCUGAAUAGCGAGCAGGCGAAGGAAGAUUUCCUGCGUCGUAUCAAGAACUAUGAGGCAGUGUACCAACCGCUCGAUGAGGAUGGCACAGAACGUCACUACUCGUACUGCAAAAUCAUCGAUGUAGGCCGGUCAGCCUCGCUGAAUCUGAUCAACAGCUACCUGGAGUCGCAGAUUGCGUUCUACCUACUCAACCUGCAUGUGACGCCCCGCAACAUUUUCAUCUCGCGUCACGGCGAGUCACAGUUCAACGUGGAAGGCAAGAUUGGUGGUGACUCUGAUCUUUCCGAGCGUGGAUGGCAGUAUGCUCGUGCGUUGCCGAAGCUCAUCCACGACAAUAUCGGCGAUGCGCCGCUGACCGUAUGGCAUAGUUCGUUGCGUCGUACGGGCCAGACGGCGAGUUUCCUGAACUACCCCAAGCUCGUAUGGAAUUCGCUCGAUGAAUUGGAUGCAGGCGUAUGUGACAGUAUGACGUACGAGGAGAUUGAAAAGUUCUACCCAGAAGACUAUGCAAGUCGCGACGAUGAUAAGUUCAACUACCGAUACCGUGGCGGUGAGAGUUACCGCGACUUGGUUGUACGUCUCGAGCCUGUGAUUAUGGAGUUGGAACGGCAGGACAACAUCCUCAUUGUUGGCCACCAAGCUAUCAUCCGUGCGCUGUAUGCUUACUUUAUGGGCUAUGACCAAAACGACUUGCCGUAUAUUAAAGUCCCUCUUCAUACCGUCAUCAAACUUACACCCAAGGCGUAUGGUUGUGACGAAGUCCGGUAUCCGCUUCCCAUUGAAGCAGUGGACACUCACCGCGAGCGUCCCGAUCGUCCGUCUGAGCAGCAAGUUGCGACACACAAGGAGAUGGAAUCGGAUGCGUUGCGUGCGAUGACCAGUCCUCCACCGUCGCAAAGACGUGACUGA